GGUGCAUUGUGGGAUUGGCACACAGAACAUCAGCUGUUUGUGCGCUUCAGACCCGUCACAAGACGCACACGCUCCUCCGCUGCAGCCUGUUUUCUCCUCCUUCCCUCCCCCAGCAGGUACUCUCUUUAGCGGACUGUUGUCAGAGGAUCGUCCGGCAUGUUGGGAGUCGUCGCCAAACAGCUGAAGAGCCACCCAGCUCUCAUCCCCCUCUUCAUCUUCAUUGGUGGCGGGGCAACCAUGAGCAUGAUGUACUUGGCUCGGCUGGCUCUGAAAAACCCUGACGUCUCAUGGGAUCGCAAGAACAACCCCGAGCCCUGGAACAACCUGCAGCCCACGCAUCAGUACAAACUCUUCACAGUUAACAUGGACUACGCCAAGCUGAAGAAGGACAGGCCUGAUUUCUAAGUCACCGUGUCUUAGCACCUCCUUCUCUGACAUUGUAGUCAGUGCGGGGAGCCUUUGCACUUUUUGCCAAAUAGAUAACUAACUCGAUGACAUUGAAUGAAGCGCUGCAUGCUGCACUCAUUCAGUCAGUUCAUUUCCAGUGUGAAGGAGGAAAGGGAUCAUUCACUUAUCAGUGACUGUAUGAAUAAAACAGGCAACCACCUGUUUUUUAAAAAUUAAAGAAUUUAUUUUUGAUUUUGUGUUGAUUAUUAAAACUAUUGCCAUCUC